CUGAGGCUGAGUCACGCUCGUCGCUGUGACGUAAGCAACUCCGCAUCACCUCCUACAGUUAAAGUUUGUGCUCAAUGACAGCAGGCGUCAGCAGCAGUGUGGCUUGCUUACAUCGUACGCUCAACGACGCGCACAUUUUGGGGAGCACCGGGAAGAUAAAGCGGCCGGAAAAGCCCACAGCAGAGAGGCUCCUUUAAAUAAAUCCACGCUCGCCUUCUCUUCUGCAGCGCGUCGAGCAAGUGUGAGAGAGGGAGGAAGAGAGAGAGCGAGAGAGAGAGAGAAAGAGAGAGAGCCCCAGUAAACAACAACACGGCUGUGGUGAGGCUCCUUUCAUUUUUCGGCGAUUCGUCACUGCGGCUUCAGAUGAGGAGGAUAUGGACAUGUUUGGCGCUUCUGGCGUCCCCGAGCUGAUCCCGCCGGCGGGGCCGCCAAUGCAGCCUGGACCCGGGGCCCAGCACGGCCAAGGCAGCGGGCCCAAUGUUCCUAACCCUCAGCGGCUUGGCCAGAGGGCCCCCAAGCUGGGACAGAUUGGUCGCUCCAAGAAAGUGGACUUGGACGACGAAGUACUGGACGACAUCAUGAACAACAACGGCCAGUGUCCCGUGUCUCUCCCCAUGUCCUGAACCAGGAGACCUCCUUCCCAGUGUCUCCAUCUCGGCCUGCGGUCGUCUCCAAGCGAUGGCGCAACUUGGCCCGCAGAGGGCGCCGGCGGGAGCCUCCGCCCACAUUGUAAAAUACAAGCAAUUGAUUUCACCUCAUUUCAGACUUUCCAUGGCGCCGCACGUCCCGGGAGGUCUGCGGCGACCUGCCGACUGAGCUUCUGAACGAGUGCCGGUGAGAAGAUGCUGGUUCUGCCCCCUCUUGUGACGGCUUUACGGCAUCUGGUUGUCCACUCGGCUAACCUCCAUACUGCUAACACUGGUAGUGUGCCUACUGUAUAACCCAGUGAAUGAAAGUUUUGUUAUUUAUGACAUGAGAAAAAGGUACUGAUUUUUUUGUUUGUAAAAUGUGAAGUUAUGUGCUUUCAAAGAAAUCAUUUCUAAUUGCUACUUUGUCAACUAUGAAGUUGUUUGCACUUUGUGGGGAUGCCCGUGACGCGUGUUCUUUGCAUGGAGCAUCUCUUUUUUUAAGGGCUACGUCGUCAUACUUUUGACACCGCACCGCUGUUGCCUGCAUGCUGAGCUGCCCGUGGCUGGAUGAGCCUGUACAGUCGUGAAUGUUUUCGAGUCCCCUGCCAUGUUCUUGUCAAUCUACUGGAGGUUACGAUUUACUCAAGGAGCUGGUGGAAACAAGCUUGUGAUUUGCUGUGACAAUCACACCCUGACAAAAAGCACCAACUGACUAUUAGGAUGAUCAUUAUUGUUGUACUGAGAUGCUCAUUCUUGUAUAAUGUGACUUUUGUUUUUUUCUUUCUAAUUUUUUGAGGGGGGGGGGGGCUGUGAAAUUGUAACACUUUAAAAAAAAAAGUUUAUUUGAUGUGGACUUUGUUGGCUGUUUGCAUGAAAGUGGACAACUUUUCAAAUCUGCAUCCGGGGAAAUAAACGUAUCUUUAUCGAGGA